AUGACUACGGUACGUACACUCUUAUCUUUAGCUGCAAGCUUUGGCUGGAAGUUAUGGCAGUUAGAUGUGAAGAACGCUUUUCUAUACGGAGAACUUGAUAAAGAAAUCUAUAUGGAGCAACCACUUGGUUACAUAUCACAAGAGCAUCCCGAUUAUGUUUGCAAGCUAAAGAAGGCUUUGUAUGGGUUAAAACAAGCUCCAAGGGCCUGGUAUGGAAAGCUUGCUCAGUUUCUUCAGUUUUGCGGUUACUCUCCGUCGAACUCUGAUCCGAGUCUGUUCUUCAAGAAGAAUGGAGGAGUCCACGUGGUAGUCCUUCUUUAUGUGGAUGACUUGAUAAUUACCGGGAAUGAUGAAGCGGAAAUUGCUCGUCUGCAAGAGGAUAUGUCGAUAAGGUUUGAGAUGAAGAUGUUGGGUGAGCUGAACAACUUUCUUGGUUUGGAGGUUGAAAGGAUGAAGGAUGGAAUAUUCAUCGGCCAACAUAGCUACGCAAGAAGGAUUGUAGAGAAGUUCGGGGUACACGAAGGAAAGACACGUACUACUCCGAUGGAUGCGAACAUCAAGCUGAAGCGCGAUGAAGGAUCCUUGCUACCCGAUCCUCGGCCUUAUCGUUCUCUUGUGGGAAGUCUUCUAUACUUAACCAUUACAAGACCUGACAUUUCCUUCGCGGUUGGUCUUGUAAGUCGGUUUAUGCAGUCACCAAGGAAGCCACAUCUAGAAGCGGCAAAGAAGAUCUUGAAGUAUGUGAAGACAACUCUUGGCAUGGGUCUAAUGUACAAGUACAAUGCCAAGGUCUCUCUCUAUGGCUUCACGGAUGCUGACUUUGGUGGAGAUCUAGAUGGUCGAAAAUCAACUUCGGGCUUUGUGUUCUUGUGUGGAGACACAAGCGUUUCAUGGUGCAGCAAGAAACAAGCAACGGUGUCGCUGUCUACCACUGAAGCGGAGUAUAAAGCUUCGACGCUCGCAGCCCAAGAGUGUAUUUGGCUUCGAAGGCUUCUUGAAGAUUUGUUUGAGCCAAUCAACAAGCCGGUUGCCAUAUAUGGAGAUAACCAAAGUGCUAUCAAGCUGGCUAACAAUCCGGUGUUCCAUGCAAGGACGAAGCAUAUUGAGUUGGAACAUCACUUCAUACGGGAGAAGGUGCUUGAUGGAACAAUUGAAGCUUUGGAGGUUCGAAGUGAGGAUAAUGUUGCAGAUAUCUUCACCAAGUCACUACCAAAAGGUCAGUUCGAGUUACUUCGCUCGAAACUCGGGAUGGUUGAUAAAAUCAAGUUUAAGGGGGAGUAUUGA